AUGAUGAAAGGAGUCUGGGUAGCUUUGGGUCGAUUAGUGCUCAGUAGAGGGGGUCGUACCUUGCAUUUGAUGCAGUCUUCUUUUGUGUCCAAUUCUCGUCAGCUCAAGCGUAAUGAGUUGCUGUGUUGGGAUAAAGGAAAUGCCUUGCUCGCUAAUCCGUUACAAUUCCUUGCAGUACCUAGUGUCGACGUAAGAUUUGGUUGGAAGGUUGAGUCAAUGUUUUCAUUGUGGAAUUUUGCGAACAUGUUGAUGCCAACAAAAAAUCGAAGAGCUAUCUACGAGUAUUUGUUUAAAGAAGGCGUUUGUGUUGCAAAGAAAGAUUUUAAUUUGAAAAGCCAUCCAGAUAUAGCAAAUGUGACGAAUUUGGAAGUGAUUAAAGCUUGCAAGAGUCUUUCCUCUUGUGGAUACGUGAAGGAACAGUUUGCAUGGCGCCACCAUUAUUGGUACUUGACAAAUGAAGGUAUUGAUUAUUUGCGUGAAUAUCUUCACUUACCAGCUGAAAUUGUUCCUGCAACUAUCAAGGCUAAACAGCAGCAGGCAGUGCCAGAAUUUGAACGCUUACCACGAGGACCCAAAAUGGAAAGUGAUAGAGAUGCAUACCGAACUGCUGAAAAAAUAACUGAAGCAGGUCCUGGUUCAUUACCUGUGUCAAACUAUCGUAGUGGAUAUGGCCGGGGUCAUUGUUCAACGUCGGGUUGUCAAAAGCAUCAUCUUAAAACUGCUGAUGCAUCGUCGCUUUUCUUGUUGAAAGGGGAACUGUAUCGCAAAGUUCACGAGCAAAGUGUGAAAGUUACUACUUGUACAAAGGGCUCAAGACGAAAGGAUGAAGACGGUAUGGGGAAAGUAGAGGCUGGAAGUGUUUUGCGCGUCAGCAAAGAAGAAGAAAAAAAGAUUGCAGCAGAGAAGCGGCAAAGACAGGAGCGCAUUUGUGAGCUAGAAAAAUCUCUAGCAAAUGAUGAAGAACAAAGGAGACGUAUACAAAAAAUACUGGAAGAGAAAAGCGAAAUUUAUAAUCGUAUUGUCCAGGGUGAAGAAAUAUUAGAUGGUAAUAAUGAACCAGUGGAAUUCUUAGUAGAUUUUAACGCAAAAAAGCGUGAGGAAGAAAAGAAACGUGAACAUGAGGCUGAAAAAGACAGAAACGAAAAAAGUGAAGCAGUGCAUUUUAAUCCUACUGAAGAACAGCGUGUUUACGGCGUUUCACAUAUUCCGCUUUCUGUUAGUGAAACAAAAAGGCAGGAAGAAAUACAAGAAUUACUGAAUUUGAGCAAGAAAACUGAAUCCAAUCGAGCAGAAAGAAAACGCUUACUUGAAGAACGCGAAAAAAAAAGAUGGGAACAGUUAAAUAGAAUUCGUAAACGAAGAGGCUUGGAAGAAUUACCUCCUUUGAAUGCUGGAGGAAGUGCUAAAGUAAAUUACCUUGAUAUUCCUCUUCCUAAUGAAUUUCCAUGUUCUACACCUUCUACCACGCAAUCUGAACCGAAAAAAUUUGUUCCUGUUCGUGAAUGGGACCGUGGGAAAGUAAUGUUUGAAAAAUGGAUUUCAAGACAACGUGAUGAACGUGAUGAAGAAUUUGCUCCACCAUUGAGCUAUUUCAGAUAA